AUGAGUCAGACCAGCCUCUUGGAUCGACUUUCGGCACUCGACACUAAUACAGUGUCUGAUGCGUUGGAUUUCCUUCAGCUCAAAGGGGCCACUUAUGGCUUACAGCCGUUAUGGAAUUGCCCGAAGAUUGUUGGUCGCGCCAGCACUGUGAAAGUAGGCAUUAAGCAAGAUACUGCUCCUACAACACAUCUCCUCACCCCAGUUGUGGAUGCGAUCACCACUGAUGAUCGCAUCCUCGUCAUCUCUGGCGGCGCGGAGGGAGUCUCAUGCUGGGGAGAUAUGCUUGCCAAUGCCUCGCGCGUCAAAGGCAUCCGUGGAACCAUCAUCGACGGCAGUCGCGACGUCGGAUAUCCCGUUUACGGCCGCGGCGUGACCAUGAUCAGCGCACGCAACCGGAUAGUACAACUCGACUCCGGAUCGGCUAUCCAGGUACGAGGCGUCACCGUCAAUCAAGGCGAUUGCGUGAUCGCCGAUCGAUGCGGGACAGUGUUCGUCCCAGCAGACCGCAUCGAGGAAGUCGUGGAAUUGGGAGAGCGGAUUGACCGUCGUCAAGCCCUUAUGGUCCAGGACGUCCUAGCGGGCAAAUUCUCAUCAUCAACAGCUCCUGUAGCCGCAACACCUACCAAGAGGAAUCCCAAGGAAGCUAGUGUCGAGGAUCAAGAGUUGUCGGCGCUUUUUGCCGACUCAGACACCCCUGGAGUCUCUGAUGCGCUUGAUAAACUUGGCAUCCCUGGACAGGCUUUCAAUAUCAUGCCCUUGACCAAUUACAAGAAGGUCACGGUUGGACCGGCCUACACUGUGCGCUACGUCCCCGCCAGCAACCCACCUGAAAGUGUUGGCGAUUUCAUCGACGACGUUGCCGUAGGCGAUGUUGUGGUCAUUGACAAUGGCGGUCGCACUGACUGUACUGUUUGGGGCGACAUUAUGACACAAUACGCUGGUUUGCGAGGCAUCGCUGGAACUGUUAUCGAUGGCAGGAUGAAUACCCUCGCAGCUGGGCGUUGGAUGCGGACCGGUAAAGAUCGGGUUCAAGUGGGAGGCGUCAACGAAGCGAUCGGUAUUGGAAAAGUACGUGUACAGGCUCGUGAUAUCGUUGUCGCAGACGCGAACGGAGUGGUUAUUGUUCCGCGAGAUCGAGCUCGCGAGGUGGCUGAAGUCGCACGAAAGAUCGAGGAGAGCGAAGAAGGCAUCCGAGGAAUGAUUGCCGAAGGAGCCUGA